AAAAGGGAAAUUAACAAAACAAGGACGUUGAUGACCAAAAGGAUAGGGUUGAAGUUGUCCUUAGCUUCACACGAAAUCAUCUUCUCCUUCUUAUCAAAACGGUGCGGCGAACUCCCUCCGUCUAGUUUCUUCUUCUCCGCUAAUCGCCACACUCUGUUUGUGAUGUUGCGACCUCCAUCUUCCUUUCAAACUACGGCUUCGUGUUUCAACCUUCAACCUCGAUGCACCAAUGGCGCAUCAUCUCAGAUUCUCCUCCGAUGUUAUCUCUGUUUCGAUCUCGAUCGCAUCUCUGUUCACCUCAUCUCAACCGUGAAGCUCCGUCUUAACAGUGAAGCUCUUAGAACGGCGCGACUUCAACGCACGGCUUUGUCCUCAACUCCGCUCCGAUCCGCCACGAAAUCAGCUUGUGUAUCUUGGGGAGCCGCCCGUUCAAUAUUCAGCCUUGGUUCUGCUAUCCUAUAUUGCAUUGCACGUGCCAGACAGUGAAGAACUUGCUCGAGUUGAGGUUCUUGGAGUUCUUGAAUGGGCAUCCAAGCAACUUAACGUGACUCAAGAUGAAACCGUCACGAUGUUAUUGCAGGAGUCCAAGAGUAGGCUGGAGCUUUACCAGUCUAGAGGUUCAAGAGGGUUCCAAAAAUUGCAUCAAUAGAUUAGUUCUUAUUGUUGUUGUUGGUGUGAGGUUUUUGAAUGAUUUGUAUCUGGUAUAUUGUUCUUGUGAAGAGUGUAUAUACAAUCCAUUGCCUUCUUCAAUUGUUCAGUUUCAUUUUCAACUUUGAAGAAGAUCAUUUGUUAUAGCUAUAUUAACAAUGGUUUCAAUGUAACAUAUUAACAUUAGAAAAUUUAUAGCUAUACCGAUUUUUCAUCUUAAUGUCUUUCCACAUGUUUACGGAGAUAUUUAGAAGCUCGAAAUUGGAAUGCUGAUAAAGCCAAGAAAAUGCUGGAGGAAUCACUCAAGUGGAGAUCAACUUAUAAACCUGAGGAAAUUCGCUGGUCUCUUCAAGCAUUAAAGAAUAUUUCUCAGGAGCACCCAACUGCUUGUCUUCGAGCUGGUGCUCUGAUGGCUGUACUUUCUUAUUUGGACUUCUUCUCUACGGGAGUUCAGAGGGUGGCAUUGUCGACUGCUGCUAAUAUGUGCAAGAAGCUUCCUUCUGAUGCGGCUGACUUUGUGAUGGAAGCUGUUCCUCUUUUGACAAACCUCCUUCAGUAUCAUGAUGCCAAGGUUAUUUCGUACAGAUCAGGAUUGGUGACAGCCGCCGCAUCGUUUGUCAUUGCCGCAUCGGCUGCCUAUUUGCCCGAUAACCAAGAUUUCUUUUAUGUCAUUGGUUCAGGUGGAUUGGGUUUAUCAUUAUUCUUGAUUCAUAUCUAUGUGACUGAAAUCAAGCGCACUCUACAAGCAUUAUGGGGCCUCGGGGUUCUUGGAUCAGCUGCAACCUACAUCUAUCUUGCUCAACCGACUAAUAAAACUCUAAUACAAUAUGUUGUUGAUAACCCCUCAGCUGUCUGGCUUGUUGGUCCUCUUUUCGCUGCUUUGACAGGACUUGUUUUCAAGGAAGGACUCUGCUACGGCAAGCUAGAAGCUGGAGCUCUCACGUUCAUUAUUCCCAUACUUCUUCUCGGGCAUCUGGUAUUCUUCUUUAGUUCCUCUAAAGUGCUCAAUUAAACAUGUUUCCUAUUUAGUUUACAGUCGACAUUAGGCUAUAGCCUAUGGUUCUUGUGUUUCUUUCAAAUUUGUUAGUUAAGGAUUUGGAUUCUCUGUUUUCAAAUAUGUCAUAGUUACUACAGUCAUAAUAUUGGAAUUGUAAGAUGAAGACCUAAAGAUUCAUAUUUAAAUAUUUCAACUUUAGUGAAUUUAGUAAGUAUGUACAUAAACAGAGCCCAAAUUAUUUGUUACCCUGCACUGCAACAUGUUCAAUGACCAUGAUUGAGUUGGACCUUUUAUAUCUGUAAAAAUUGUAUGAUAUUUGCCUAAUGACAAUUAGUACAUGUUGCUGUAGACUUGUUUUAGAUUGUAUUUUAUCUUAAUCUUAAAUAUAUAAAUCAUGCCCAAUUUGUUGUUUUAUGUGACUGCAUUGGUCUGUGAUAAAUAUUUUUGGACCAUUAAUAUUACCAUUGAUGAUUGUGGAGGUAACCUUUUAUUUUGCCAUGUGUUACCUAAGUGGUGUGUGUGCCAUGUCCCGGCGAAGAAAAAACAAUCCAUAUUCUAUACUGCUUGAGUUGCCUUAUCUUUGACACUUCUCUUUUGCGAACUACCGACCCCAGAAGCAUGUUCAAAGAGUUCCCUGUACACAUAGCCCAUUCUUUUCAAUUUCGGGCAGUAUGAGAGAAAUUGAAAUUGAAGAGAUGGAAGGGGAAAUUUAGGAUAGGAGCUAUGGAAUUUGGUAAGAACAAACAACAUUGCUGUUAAGUUUGGAAGACACAAGUUGGACAGCUGGUUAUGUCUUUCCAGUUAUUUAACUCAUCUCUCUUCUUUAGGAUGUUAACUCCAGUACUGAUGUGCACUAAAUUAUGCAGGUUAACCGAUGGUUGUCAAGUUGUGGUUAUAAGCUUUGGUAUGAGAUUCGAAUAUUCUUCGGAGGACCUGACGAUAAUGAAGCACUUGCUUACGGUAUGAAUGACAUUAUCAUUCGGCGCUAAGUUAGUCGGUGUUGUAUCGG